AUGCAGAGGAGCAGAGUGGUGAGUCUCCUCCAUUGCACAGUGCAGGAGGACGCGCGAGUCGUUCCCAUCGAGCACCUGGUGCUGCACAAGUCCAGCAUUCCUGUCACUGCUAAACCUGGAAACGUGACCACUUUGAAGAAGGGCGACUAGGAGCUGGCAGCCGAACUCUUCCGCUCCCUGUUGGCCGGGCUGGGGCAGCCCGACCGCGGCCUGGCGUGCCUGCGGCUGGGGGACGCGCUGGCCCGCGCUGGCCGCCUCCCCGCCCUGGGCGCGCCCCGCGGGGCUGCGCGGUUUGGGGCGCUGCGGCCCGAGGAGCUCGCGGAGCUUGCGGGCGACCGGGGCCCAGGACGCUGCGUGGAGAUGUGGCGCGUCAACGUGGUGCUGACCGGGCUGCUGGAGACGCACUUCCCCGCCGAGUGACGGCUGCUUGGGCUGGCCGGCCUGACGCGAAGUCUACAGGCCGCGGCGCUCAGGUGCCAUCAGGCCCUGAACGUGGAUAAGUGGGCGCACCCGCUGCUCGGGUGGAAUCUGGGCGGCAGCUUGAUGGGGUCUCCACCACCCACCUGCAAGUCUGGGGUCGAGUUCCUGAAUCGGAGUCUGGCCCAGCCCCCGGUGACUGAGUCUUCAGGGGACGAACCAGCAGGGACUCGAUUGAAACCUCAGCCUCUUUCUGGAUUGGGGAGAAUUGAAGUGGUCUCCUAGGAAUUCCGGUACUGCCGCUUAAAUCCUAAAUGUGACUCAGGGAGAAAGAAGCAGAGGAUUUCGGAGUCUUACUGGAUGCUGGAGAUGAAAGAUGCGUAAACUCCUGAUGGCAGCUCAGGGGUGGAUGCGGUCAGCACCAGUCAGUCCAGAGUAUGACGCCACUGUCAUGGAGAUGGCUGUAACACGGUGGACACUAAAUACCUGGAAGACGAAAAGGCAGAAGCUUCAGAAUAUGAGUUACUCACCACUCUGCAUGACUCUGUUCACCAACAGUCUGUUACCUAGUUUGCUUCUCUCCAGGACGCAAGGGAAAAAAAAAAAAAAACAGAUUUUAUGUCACUUGGAUUAAUGCCAGGAAGGGAGCCCGAGCUUCAGAGUAACCCUAGUGGCCCUGCCUGGUCCUGGUGGACCGUGGGCUCGCAAGGCUCAGCUGACCAUCCUUAG